AUGGCAGACCACCAGGCGUGGGAGCGGGACGCAGAGAAAAUUGCGCACGGAGGCAGUGGGCCCUUGUCGGGAUCAGAGAGCACAGCCCAGUGUCUGCGAAAGUCUCCGAGGGCGCCUUCACGCGCGCUGCCCACGGCCGCAAAGGCUCCUCUGCCAAGGGGACACGGCCAGGCCUCCGUGGACGGCGGGAGCGAGGGUGCUGUGCCCGUCGCUUGGCAUGGCAGGGGUCGCCCGUCCUUUCCAAUCUGCGCGCUCCCAACGUGUCGUAUUCCCCCACUUUCCCCCGUUGCGGCGCAGAAUGGACGUGGCCAAGUUUUCCAGGCGGCACAGCUGUCCAACUGGCUGCAGGCGCACGGGGAGAUGUGCAUGGGCGUGUGGCUGGAAGACUGUUCGGGCGAGCGAAUGUCCGGCGGCCCGGCGGAAGGAUGUUGUCCCACCGCGGCGCAAGGAACAGGCAGGGUGUAUACCCACGAGAACGUUCGACGCGUCAUAGGCUGCUGGAAGAGGGAAGGAAGCGCAGACAUCUCGGGCCUAUCUCCUCAGCUGGGAAGGCCCGCUUAG